AUGAAAAUACAUAAAUGUUUUUUGUGUAACUAUUUACUCAAAAUACUCAGAAGGAAAAGGAAAAAAAAGAAAUGUAAAUUGAAUAUUAAGACUCAUAUAGAAACGGCAAGAGACAAAUAUAUUAUUGAAAAAGAGGACAAUUUAAAUAGUACAAAAAAUGAAAAGUGUUUGAGUGAUAUAAAUUAUGGUUUAUAUGUAACAGAUAAUACAAAUAAUGUGCAAAGCAAUGAGAAAGGGAGGAUGGUUAGAGACACUUCCACUGCUAUAGUUUGUAUUGAUAUUGAGAAUAUUUAUUAUGCCAAUGCUGGUAGUAAUAGUAGUAGUAAUAACAAUAGUAACAGCAAUUGUAACAGCAAUUGUAACAGCAAUUGUAACAGCAACUGUAACAGCAAUUGUAACAGCAAUUGUAACAGCAAUUGUAACAGCAAUUGUAACAGCAAUUGUAACAGCAAUUGUAACAGCAAUUGUAACAGCAAUUGUAACAGCAAUUGUAACAGCAAUUGUAACAGCAAUUGUAACAGCAAUUGUAACAGCAAUUGUAACAGCAAUUGUAACAGCAAUUGUAACAGCAAUUGUAACAGCAAUAGUAAUAAUAAUAAUAGCACCGCGACAACCAUAACAUCAAACCGAGAUAACAAUAAUGGUAGAAAUGCGAGCGUUACGGGGGUUGGUAAUUUUUUCUAUAGCAAUAAUCAAAUGGAGAGGGGUGAUAAUCAGUACUCAUGUAUGCUACUGCAAGUGCGUGAUAAAAAUGAAAAUUCAGCAUAUUCUGGAAAAAAGUCAUUAAUAAGAAAUAUGAACUUAAAGAUGAAUUAUUCUUUGGACAGGUAUUAUUUUGAACUUAUAACAUAUUACAGAAUUCAAAAAGUAAAAAAAUAUAUUGUAAGAUUGUUAUAUGUUAUUCAUUCAUAUUUGUCGUUAAAAAAGUACACCACUGCUAUUAACUUAUUACAAUAUAUCAAUAAUUUGGAAGAUGAGAAUGUGAUUCAUGAAAAUUGUAGAUUAAAAAGAAAAAAGAAGAAAAAGAAAAAAAAGAAAAAGAAAAAGGAAAAAGGAAAAAAAAAAAAAAAUGUAUGCUCCUUUUUAAAUGUAUCUUGUAAUUUUACAUCUAUAUGGAAUAAAUUAUAUAUUUUAUUUUUUCUCAAAAUAUAUAAGAAAGAAAUUGAAAAAAAAUAUUUUUACAACAAUCCCAUUCUUGAAAUUCGGAAAAAUAGAUCUAUUUAUUUAUAUAAAGAAUUAGUGAGGAAGUGCAUAAGAGUUAUAAACUUUCUGGAAAUCAAGCGAAUUAAACAUAAUAGACUGGAAAAAGAAACAAAAACAUUUGGAUUGCAGAACUAUGGUGAUAUUACCAAAUUUAUGAAAAGGAGAAUUUUAAAAAUAAAGUAUUUAAAGAGUGUAAUUUCCUUGUACAAUAAAUUUUUAAAAUAUAUUGAUAAUACCUUAUUUUGUAAUAUAUACAAAAUAAUUAGAUGUUAUAAUUUUGGAAAAUACAGCAUAGAUACUAAUAAAAUUAAAUAUAAGCAUUAUCAUAAGAAUAAGAACCCUUGUAUUACUUAUAUAUCGGAUAAACUAUCAAAUAAGGCUACAGCUAGAAAUAUAAAAGACGGGAUCCGUAUCAAUGCAAAAUAUAUGAGGAACAUUAUGCUUUUUAAUAAAAGUAAUAAAAAAUAUAUUAAUGAUGGCAAAAUUCAAAUGUACGUUAGGGGAAAAAAUAGUUUGAACACGAAAGUGUAUAAGAAUUAUAACUUAGGUCAUUCUUGUUUAUCAGUAGAAAAUGGUGCGAGUGCAUCUACUAUUAGAAAUAGUGAAAUAGAGAAUAAAGGGGAUAUUACUAAUAAUGUGUUAAGUUUAAAUAAUGAUAAUAGUAAUAGGAGCGCUGAAUGUUUGUCUAUAAAGGUCAAAAAGGAAAUUAAAACUAUUGAGACUAAAAAAAUAAAAGUGCAAGGAAGGACGAUGAACCAAAGAAAACAUUCAAGCAGUAGAAGUGAGUAUUAUUACUUAAUAAAAGGGAAAAACGAUAUGACCCAACGUAAGGUAAAACGAAUGGAAUGUGGAAUAAGAAGAGUUACAGGAAGAAGCAAUAUGCAUGUUAAAAAGCGUUAUGACAAAUAUAACAAUCAUAUAAAGGAGAGAAAAAAAAGGAAAAAUAUAUAUAAAAAUAAAUCUUUCAAGAAAAUCGACAAAAAGUAUAUUAUUACAAAAAUUAAGGUGCACACCGAACGAAUAAGAAACGGGUGCGCUGUAUAUAAUGCAUCAGUUGUUAACAAGGUACACAAUGAAUGUUUUGAGAAGAAACUAUAUGAACAUAGUAAUGUGGAAAAGGAAAUAAUUGUUAAUACACUAAAGGAAGGUGAAGAACAUUCAGCUUUGUGCAUUCAUUUUGAAAAUGCAGUUGCCAUUUUAGAAGAUAAAGAAAAAAUAAAUGGGAAAGCAGAUAAUGCAGAAAUUUAUGAAAAGGACGAAAAAGAUAAUAUCAGCAGUACAAAUAACGAAAAAUACAAUAACUCUAGUGAAAACAACGAAAAUUUUUAUAUCUUGAACGAAAAUGAAGAACACACUGAUCAAUUUAAUGUUAAUAAUUCAAAGCAAUACGAGUGCGAUAAUUUGUGUCAUAACGAGUUAGUUGGAAGUGGAAAUGAGAAAAGAUUUGUAGAAUGCUUAAAAAAUUGUGAACAUAUAAAAAAUAAUUUUAAAAUGGUGAAUUUGUUAAAAGACAAUUGCUCAAAUUUUGUUUAUAAAUGUUAUGAUUUAAAUAAUAAAAGAAAUGUUGCUAUUAAGAGUGUAAAUAAGGAAAAGCAGUUAUCAAUAAUGAGUUAUAAUACGUACAUAAAUAUAUAUAAAAUUGUACAAAAGAUAAACAAUGAGAAUGUAAUAAAAAUAUAUGAUGUAUUAGAAAAUCAAUCUCAUUUUUUUAUUGUAAUGGAACUAUGUGAAGGUACAGAUUUAGUAGAAUAUGUAUCGAAGGAAAAUAUAUCUUUUGAGAAAGCAAAAAAUAUUAUCUGUCAGUUGUUAAAUGGGAUUAAUGCACUACAUGCACACUCAAUUAUUCAUCGAGAUGUUAAAUUAGACAAUUUAAUGUUUAAAGAUAAAAAAUUUGAGAAACUUGUUAUAAUUGAUUUUGACAUGAGUAUUUAUAUUUAUGGUAAUGAUGAGAUUCCCAUGUGGAGGGAUACUUUCUCUUAUGCAGGGGUAACAAAAGACGAUUUUUACAAAAAUAAUAUUGAGGUUAAAAGGGUUCCGGUCAAUAAAUUAGAGGAAAAUACCGUUCACACAGAUGAAAUUUAUACGGAUGGUGUUAGGGGAAAAGACGUUCAAGCGAGAUACGAUCAAGAGAGAGAUGCUCAAGCGAUAGACGUUCAAAUGAAAGACGGAAAAACGGGUGUGCUUCAUAUGAAUGAUGUUAUGGCAAAAGAGAUGGGCAGGAGCGAGUAUAAGACAAAUCAUUACAACGCGAAAGUGCCCGGAAAUAUUCUGUAUAAGAAUCCGUUUCCAACAAAUAAUUUCGACUUGAAUAAUGCAUACACAAGUAAAAUUCUAGGGAAUACUGAAGAAAGAAAUAAUAUCAUGAUGUACCCCCCUUAUUCAGAGAAUUACAAAAAGAUAAAUAAAAACAAUAAUAAAACUACUUCUCUUAAUUACAAUAGUAUAAAUGAAAUGGAAAAUGGGUUAUUAUCUUCAUGUACAGGAAAUACUGAAAAAACAUUUAUUAAUGAAGGAGAGAAGGUUAUUUACAAUGAUUUAAUUAUAGGAACAAAAGAAUAUAUGUCUCCUUACUGCUUAAAAGGUAUAUAUAGUAUAAAAACAGAUAUAUAUAGUAUAGGUGUAACUAUCUUCUUAAUUAUUUUUAAAAAUUUCCCAUAUAUAUUUGAAGAUAAGGCUACAAAUAAAUGGCAAAAGGAAGUAAUUAAUAAAAAUAAAGAAAUCGUCAUACCAUUUUCUUUUUUAUUUCAUAAUAUUACGUGUUCAUAUUAUAUAAAAUUAAUGGAUUUACAUUUAAUUAAUAAUAAUAUAUAUUUCUGCAAAAAUAGUUACCUACUAGACAACAAUUUAAAAGAAAUUGAAAAAAUACAAAAUAUAAAAAUUGACUUUAAUCAAAUCAAAAUAAAUCCUAGAAAUAUUUAUUUAAUAGAAAUUUUGAAAAAAGCAUUAUCACUAGAUAUAGAAGAUCAAUAUAGUUGUGUUUCAGAGAUUCUGGAAAACAAGUUUUUUAGUUGA